AUGAAAGAAAUUGUCUUAGAUCAGGGAGUUAUACUCUUUCUACAAUCGCAGCUAUCAACGCCUUUGUCUCAAUCACAAAGACCAAACAUCCCUCAACAAUAUGAUCUCAAAAAAUUAGAAUCUACGUGCCUUGCUUACUUGGGAGAAAACUUAGCACCCACCAAGGUUAUAUCAUCAACAUACAUUGAAUCAAUACUGUCAAGUCUUAACUGUCUUUAUUUGAUUUAUCUGAACAAUAAACAAUCCAAGGUUGGGGUAUUCCGUAAACACCAACUAUUUAUAGUCAAACUUUUGGAACUGGGUCAAUCGCUCUUAGACGUGUUUGAACAACUAUCACUUCUAUAUGUCCAAAUCCAUAGUGUACUUGGAUUCAAUACCAGUGGAAAUGUUACUAUAAACAACAUGAUUCAAAGAGAUGGAAUACCAUUUACGAAUACGCAAGAUGAUUAUAUUACACAAACGGUGAUUUCAUUCCACUUCUUUCUUUUACAAAGCUUCCUUCAAUACUUGUCGAAAAAUCUUCGUUCAAUAGUUACAAAGACAAAUCAAGUAACCAAUUUAGAAACAUUAGAAAGAAUACCGAACUUGUUCUUGAAUAUAAGUAAUAUAAGGAAAUGGCAAGCACUGACUGUGAAUUCCCCCAAGCACAAAAAAAAUAUGGUUAAGAUACUUCUGGGUUAUAUAAAGGUAUUUGACCUGAUAAAAUCUCCUAAAUUUAAAGGUUUGAAGGGAUGUUUACAAUUGAAACUUGUUGAGUUGGCGCAAGAUAUUAGUUUGUUGAAUCAAAUUGAAAUAUCCACUGAACUAAUCCCAUUCAUAAACGAUUCUAAGGAUGUUCCUGGAUUAGAAGUUCUUUUACUGAAAAUUCCUAAAGUAGAACAUGAAUCUUCCGUCAUAAUACGUGAAUUGCAAAACUGUGUUUCUGCCAAUUCCCUCAAUACUUUACUGGUAAAGUUUUUGGGAUCUCCAAGUCUUGUGAAUGAUAGACAACUCCUCCAAGCUAUGGUCAAGAAGUUUCAAAACAGUUCGUCAAUGAAACAGCAACUUUCACAGGCAUUCGUAUCAUUCUUAGUGCAUGGCGAAAUAACAGAAUUACUGACUUUACAUCUCAAUAUCCUUGAUUCAAUAACUGUUUUCAUUAGAGAUUGCCUUGCUUCAAAUAAACCAUUUGCUCAAAUGCAAACUGUACUAGCUCAACUUUUCACAGUUUAUCUGAAAUUCAAACAAACAAAGAGAGUACGAAAUCUUUCAAAUUUGUUGUACAACAUAGGAAACAAAACUGAAGAUAAACAUGCUUGGAGCUUAGCAAUAGAAUAUGAAUGUUACAUAUUAGAUAUCGAACCUUCUGACAACAACCUCGCUCAAUUAUCAGGAAAGUUUCAGAGACUAGCAACUCACACCCCAAAUCUGAUAUUUCCUUUUUUGAAAUCUUAUCUGAGGAAUUCUCUGACAUCAGAGAAAAUUCUGUUUGAUUCCUUAACUGUUCAUGUCAUUUCCAAGAUCUUAACCACUGAUCCAACUUUUGUUCUAGCAAUAAAUCAAUUAGAAAAUGACAAUUUCAAGGUACAACUUAUUGAACAAUUAUUCCACACUCUUGAAAAAUCCCCUAAUUUAAUAAAGCUAAAACUGACAUGCGACGCAAUUGCGAAAAAUGUUCAAUUCAAGGAUGAAUAUUUUGAACAUAGAAUACAAUUUGCAUAUUAUAACAUAUCCGGAAUUGAAAAUCACCUAGACCUAAGUAUUCUGGGUUCGGAUAACCCUUUAAUUCUUGCUGGCUUUCAAGUGUUGAAGUUGAUGAACCAUGGUUGGGAUGAACUCAAAAUUGAAGAGUGUACAUGUAAUGUUGAAACGUGGUUGGAAAUACAGAAUAGCGCCAGUGAAUUUGAAAUUGAGAUAUUUACUCAAAUUAUUGCCUAUUUUAAGUACAAUGGAAUGACUGGACAUUUGAUUAAGAUUAUUGAGGCUUACAAGAAGAAUAAAUCUCCUUCCACGGAUGUCAGAAUAUAUUUAGAAUCAGAGUUAUCACUUGCUUUAUCUAAAUUGUCGUUACAUUCACAAUGGUCAGAUUCAAUCAUGGAAGUUAACAGAUUAUUGAAGGAGAUCAAGCCAACUUUGAACCAAGCAAUGAACUACAACUUACUUCAACUUGAUUACUACAUACAAACAGGUAAUCUUUCACAAGCAAAGGAAAAACACAGCAAGAUUUUAUCAACACUUAAAUCACGUCCUGAAUACAAACUUGAUCCAGGUUCUAACGUUCCCAUGGGUACAAAGUUCAAUAAUUUCAUUCUCUUGGGGAAGUUUCAAUACCUCACUUGCAAAUUAAACCAUUCAUUGAAACAAACAAUUGAAGCAAGUCACAAUGCCAAGAAUGCAAUUCAGAUAUUUUACUCGCUUAUUAAGAAAAUGGCCGGUUCAAGCAUCUCCGGAAGAAACUUGAUUGAACUUAAGUGGGAAUUAACCCAUUUAUUGUUUGAUGCUUAUGGAACCAUUGUGGAAUUGUUGGGUGAAUUGGGUAUAUCGCGAGACAUUUCGUUCUAUCUCCGAGAAUAUAGUAAAGUGAAUACUUCAAUCAAUAAGAAAAUUCCAAUUGUUAAUUGUUUUAAUGAUUUUGUGGUUGGUAUAUUUCAAAUGCUUAUGAAUUCAGAAUAUAAAGAAAGUAUUGAAUCAGCAAGAAGUUACUUUCAGCUUGAAAUCGUUGAAUAUAAUUUCACUCUACAACAAUAUAAUUGUUUUGUGUCUAAUUUGAUGGGAGAUCCUGAAGCUGAAGUUCGCUACCCGAAUUAUUCUAAAUGGCAGGACAUUCCUUUUUUACAUAACUGCUAUAGUAUUGAUAAGAACCAAGAGUCAAAGUGGAGGCUUUACCGUUCCUUGUAUAUGGAUGUCCCUCUUGAAAAUAUAGAGUCUAGCGAGGAACCAGGAAUUCAACUAAUUGCCGAGACUAAUAAAUGCUUGGCCAAGGUAGCUAAAAUGGUCAAGGGCGAAAACCACUUGCAGAAAUUAUCAACUACAGUUCAAUGUUUUCCUUCAGUGGUGUCAGAUGGUGAAUGCCAAGCAAUUUACCAGCAGUUUGAUAUCCUUAAUCUACUUACAAAGUGCAAAGCACAAUUAUUGGCUUAUAUGAGGGAUGGAUAUCAAAUCCCAAUAGUUGUUUACCGUACAUUAUAUCACCUAUUGCAUAAAUGUCUUUGUAUGAUUUCUUCAAUGACGGUCUAUACAGAUGCAUAUCACCUACUGACAGAAUUUUUAUUAAUACAAGAGCGUAUGAAUUUAUACACUUUCCAUAAUGAAAGAUUAAAAAAUUCAGUGGCUACUGAUGAUUUAUUACCAAGUCAAAUUGCAAAUAUUGCCCCAAUUCAGUUUGAACAAUCAGUGAUAGAUUUUAAGGGGCUUCUUUUUAAUCAUAUCCCAUCAGGUACAACAUUUAUUAGCAUUGAUAUAUGUUCACAUUCAGGAGAUCUUUUACUUUCAAAGAUUGAUCGAGGAAAGGACCCUGUGUUUCUUAGGUUACCAGUUAAAAGAUUUCAAUCUCGGGUUAACCAACCCGAUAAGAUUGUAGGUUUUAAGGAGAUUAAGGCAAGGUUUGCUAGCAUCAUUCAGGAAAGUGACCAAUCUACCAAGAAGGAAGUUACUUCCAGGGUGAACACUAAAGCACAAAGGCAGAAAUGGUGGAAAUUAAGGUUUGAGCUUGAUUACCGAUUACAAGAACUAUUGAACGAAGUGCAGAAUUAUUGGAUUGGUGGAUUUGGUGGUAUUUUUAGCAAUUUUCAAACAGGAACUGUGUAUGAUAAAUUCAAGCAAGAUUUCUUGAAAAUUUUAUCGGAUAGGUUACCAUCAAGAAAAAAUAGAGCUUCAAAGUCUUUUACGUUUGAUGAUACGGUGAUUUAUUGCUUGUAUGCGUUGAAAGAAUACUCAAGAGAGUUGGUGGAUGAUAUUUUUUAUUACCUCAUUGACACACUAAACUUUCAUGGUGAGUUCAAUGAUUAUGCAUUAAUUAACUUUGAUAAAUUACACCAUUCAACAAAAGUUUUAAUGGACAAAUAUAGACCCUUAAGAUAUGAGACCAAACAACAAUUAAUCAUAAUACCUAGCUCUAGGUGUUUAUUUUUCCCAUGGGAAUCCAUGUUGUUACUUGAAAACCGCGCUAUAUCAAGAAUGCCAUCGAUAUCGAUGGCAAUUGAAGUAUUGAAACCACGUAUGUAUUGGUCAAACAAUCUUUCUGAUUUGUUUUAUGUGCUUAAUCCUGGUGGAGAUCUUGGUCGAAGUGAAGAAAGAUUCAAAAAGUAUUUCACGGCACACAGAAACUGGAAAGGUAUAAUUGGAAGGAAACCCCCAGAAGAUGAAAUCAUUCAUGGAAUAUCCAAUACUGAAUUGUUUGUCUAUAUUGGACAUGGUGGUUGUGACCAAUAUUUUAAAAUCUCGAAUUUCUUUAAACAUUUCCUAGCAUCUGGAUCAAAAUUACCGCCUAGUUUGUUACUUGGUUGUUCUUCAGGGGCACUUAAAGAUAAUGGUAUUUUUGAACCACUGGGGAAUAUAUAUAAUUGGCUUGCCUGUGGUGUUCCAAUGGCAUUGGUUAAUCUUUGGGAUGUUACCGAUAAAGACAUUGACACGUUUAGUGUUUCUGUGUUUGAAAAUUGGGGAUUGUUUAAACUGGAUAAAGAGAAAGUUAACUUUGCAGAAGCUGUUAGUAAAAGUAGAGAUAAGUGUACGUUAAGGUUUAUGAAUGGUUCUGCCCCGGUUGUUUAUGGUCUUCCGUUGACAUUGCCAUAG